UUUAAUUCAAGUAAUGUCACUGAGAUCAAGAUAGACAUGACUACAGCAGAGGACUACUACUCGUUUUGCUGACCGCUGUGUGAUAGUCAGAACUUCGGCCAAUGAGAGAACUGCUUUAAUGCUCGCGUCCCGCCUGCCGGGAUGAAUCAGCCAAUGAGAGGCGCAGUACGAUUUUUAAAUCCACCACGCUCUUACACGCUCCACUACACAGAGCAGCAGUGGUCAUAUUUUUGUCGCUGCAGAAGCAGUGAAUGAAGCACACUGAGGAGCCCGUGGACACAGAGGGCUAAAAUAAACUCAUUCUUCGUCCUCUCUGGAUUUUAUUCUGGACUCUGACAUGGCAAAAGGGAAGAAAAGUGUGCUGAGAACCGAAAACAAGCCCGAGGACACUGUUGAACAUAAAGUCAGCUUACGGAAGGAGACAAAGGAAAACAAACCAGCAGCAAACAAGGAUUGCGUGGGUACAGUGCAGUCCACUUUCCAGAGUCUACGUAGUCCGAGCAAACCUCGAUCCCCUCUGAGCGACAGUUCAAGCAUGCUGAUCCAGGAAGGAAAUGAAUGUGAUGCAACUAAUCCUGAAAUGUCAAAGCUGAAAAAAGACGUGCCAAAUGAAAUAAAAUCUGAGAGCUGUGAGGUCAAGGAGCAGAAGCCUGAAACUGCCUGUCACAGUCAUGGGAUCAGAGAACAAGCCUCUGAGCAACUCCAGCAAAAAGAGUCCACCGUGCACACAAAUGGAAGGUCUGCAGCAGACACCAAAGUUUCAGCAUCUAAACCUCGUCGAGCUGGUCGCAAACUGGGAGCAAAAAAGACAGAGAACAAAGCUCCCCAAAACAGAAAGGUCACAGACUAUUAUCCCAUCAGACGGAGCAACAGAAAAACUAAGGCAGAGUUGAAGAGUGAAGAACACAGACACAUUGAUGACCUGAUAAAAAACGACAUUGAAGAAGGAAUGAAGAUCAAACACAUAGAGGGAAAAGGAAGAGGAAUAUUUGCUGCCGACGGCUUCAAAAAGGGAGACUUUGUCGUGGAGUACCAUGGAGACCUACUGGAGCUAGCUGAGGCUAAAAAGAGAGAAGCCCAGUACGCUCUGGAUCCCCAAAAAGGCUGUUACAUGUACUACUUCCAGUAUCAAUCCAGAACGUACUGUGUGGACGCCACAGAGGAAUCAGGCCGUCUUGGAAGACUGAUCAAUCACAGUAAAAACGGAAACCUUCAGACAAGGCUUCACCCCAUUGACGGAACCCCUCAUCUGAUCUUGGUGGCUUCCAGAGACAUCGAAGCAGAGGAGGAGCUGCUGUACGACUACGGUGAUCGGAGUAAAGCCUCAGUCAUGGCUCACCCUUGGCUCAAAUACUGAAUCCUCGACCACAGGUGUUUAUAUUUCAGAUGAAUUGGUGCUCUCUGCUGUCCUGUUCAGCUUUAUUUAAAAUAUGCUAUAGAUCCUCAACAUGCUUUUUUAUUGGUAUAAGAACAUUUUUGUUUUAAAUGGUGGCUGAUGCUUUAACACAAGUGUAUUUUUGCAAAUGUUGUUUUUUAUGAUGGUUUUAUUUUUUUAUAUGGAAUUGUAGCAGACUGAUGCAAGCUUGAAGAGUCUUCCUCAUGGAUAUGUAAUGUUUGACAUUGUCCAUGGGGUUUCCUUUCAAAAUGAAUAUAAUUGACAAUUCAGUUUCACUAUUGUAAAUUAUUACCUGUGCUGUAAGUGACGGAAUAAAACACUGAUGAGUUUUCAUUCCAGCUGUGGCAUGGUUAAUGGUUAAGAUCUGCAAUGUAAUGAUGGAAUAUGAUGCUUUAAGACAGUGGUUCCCAACCUUUUUCCUUAAGGGACAGUUUUUCUAUCACAGAGUGAACUCACAACCUCAGACUGAGUGACAUAUUUUAUGAAUGUUUCAUAAAAUAUUCAGUGCAUAACAAGAAAGGUACAGGACAAUGGAUACACUGUACAAUUAACCCAAAUACUGAACAAAAUAACUGUAGGAAGUUUGUUAAAUGAGUGAUCUGGAAGAAUUUUGAGCAGAUUGUUUACUGUGAAUAUUACAUGAGAUGAGUCUUCCUGUUAUUUUUAUUAACCUUUUAUAUGAAUCUCUUACUCUAUUGUGUAUUUUUUUAGCUUUUUUUU